AUGGUACUGAAGUUUGUGUGUUUCCAUGGGAGUGGCGGACAGCAAAAGGAAGUCACCAGUUGGCAUGAUCCUUUUCCUGACUUACACCCUACCACGACAAGAACCUCUUGCCUCGCGGGCGCUAGCGAGAGAACUAGGGCCAUCAGUGACCUGAGUAAAGUACCAUCUCACCGGGCUGAACUCCAGGCUGAGCUCAGCCUGCUCGCCAGGCGCACGACCGCCACCGAUCCUACACCCGAGGGGGUGGAACGCAUUCCCGUCGCCCUGAAGGGUAUGGCGCUGGAGAACCUCGAUGGGCGACCGCUGAGGGCCGCCUUAAUUGGAUCCUAUACGAUGGAGGUGUUUGCCAGAAACUCGCAGGGUUCUAAGGUACUGGCAGGGGACAUGAGGGUCCUCGAGGUCUUCCCUAGAGCCUGCCGACUGUUAUUCCCACGAGAGGACCAAAAUGAUCGAAAGGAGGGGGAGUCUCCAUCCAAGGACUGA